AUGGUACGUAUCACCGUGGAGAUGGUUCGCAAGAAAACUGAACACCACGAGUGCCUGCUGGGUCCAGUCGAAGAGAUCGCACUUCACCAGGAGAACAUCGAGAAGAUAGAGUACCUCCAGGAUUGGUGCCCUAAACUGAAGAUACUCCUCAUGCAAAGCAACCUCAUCGGUAAAAUUGAAAACCUAAACAAACUUAAACAUCUCACUUACCUUAACUUAGCCUUAAACAAUAUAGAAGUCAUCGAAAACUUAGAACGAUGUGAAUCUUUGGAGAAACUAGAUCUGACACUGAAUUUUAUCGGUGACAUUGUCAGCGUAGAGAACCUUGUCGACAAUUAUAAUUUAGAGAAUUUAUAUCUCACGGGAAAUCCUUGCACGGAUUAUGACAACUACAGAGAUUACAUAAUUGGAACUUUGCCGCAACUGGCUUACCUUGACGGGAAGGAUAUCGAACGCUCAGAUCGCAUUAAAGCCCUACAGAAUCUUCCAUACAUACGAGCUGAUAUAUUAUUCGAACAAGAGAAUUAUCUUCAAAAACGAAGAAAGCAGAAAACCCGUUUAGAGAAAGACAUCAGUAAUAAAUGGGAAAAUGAGUACAAGGAUAUGGAUGCGGAUGAAAGAAACAAGAAAUUCUGGGCCGAGAAAUGUGAACAUGCUCCUGAAGUACGACAUGAGAUAGAACGAAUGCGACAACUGAAGCUACAAAGCUAUGAAACUGAGAAGCCUCAGGCUGAAGAAAAGCGCCAAUAUAAGUUUUUCGCGCCAGACGGUCGUCCUUUUAACAUAAACCAAGCAAGAUUAGAUUUUAAGUUCAUUGAUUCAGAACCAGAUAAGUAUAUUUUAGAUUUAGCAGUAUAUAAGCAUUUAGAUACAAGUCUUAUUGACUGCGACGUAGAGCCAAACUAUGUGAGAGUGAUGGUAAAGGGAAAGAUUUUUCAGAUUCAUCUACCGAAAGAUGUGGAUACUUCUCAUUCUACGGUGAGACGAUCGCAGCUCACCGGACACCUGUUGGUGACGAUGCCUAUAGCCAACGUUGUUGUUAAGAAGGUGGUACAUGGUUCACCAGUGAAAACCGAGCGAAAAGCUCAGCAUUACUUGGAGCACAGAGCUGAAGAUUGUCACGCUGCAUCCGGGCAGACAAAGCGGGAAUAUUUGGAAAUAGGUCCUGUUGACAACCCUCUGGAUUUUACUAAAAUGACUGAAUCGAAGGUAACAGCUAACUACCCCGAUUUACGAUUCAAGUUCGAAGUGAAGGAGCCAUCGAAGGAUUUCGUCGAUAACCCCGAGGUCCCACCGCUUGUCUAG